GGCUCUUGUAUCGAUCACCAUGCUAACACGUCGCGACGUGGCGGCAGUGGCCGGGACUCUGGCGGCGGUGGCAGCGUAUUCGUACCUAUCCAAGUACAUCGUGCGAUGGAGAGGUGCAGAGUGCCGCAAGAAAAACCGCCUCGAAGUCGAGGAAGCGCACAGCGAAGACAUGGAUCACUGGUGACAAGCGUCUGUGAACGAAUUGGCCUGCUCAAACGACUUCUAGCGACGACAGCAUUCCUCGCCGUAUCCGCAAGGCUGAAACAGUUCUCCAACGCCGCACAGCACGCAUUCUGCUUGUCCUGGAAUCGAGCUGUGAUAUGUUCAACCAAAUGGCUGUACUGCGAACUGCCGAAUGCUUUGGCAUUCAACACGUGUGGAUUGUUGAGCCCGCCUUCUACAAACAUCACAAGGCCGAUCGCUUAAUUGCACGGGAAGCGACGGACUGGCUGUCCAUUCGUAGGUUCAAGACAUCCUCUGCAUGCAUCACUGCCCUUAGAGAAUCCGGCUACGACAUUUGGACAACGGAGCUGAGUCAGGAAGCCGUGUCGUUGGAAGCACCAGAGCUCAAGCUCCCCGACCGCGUCGCCAUUGUCAUGGGUCGCGAAGCGGACGGUGUUAGCCAGGAAAUGAUUGCUGCUGCCGACAAACGUGUAUACUUGCCGAUUCAUGGGUUUGCCGACUCGUUGAACUUGAACGUGGCGACAGGGCUGAUCAUUCAGCGCCUCUUCUUCAUUUGCCCUGAAGCUCGCGGUGCUAUGACCAAGACUGAACGCUCCGAACUCCGCGAAGACUGGUACCACCGAAUGGUCAAAGGCGACGAGAAGGCCGAGACGUUCUUGGCUAAUCCUCCUCCUGCAUAUGCCGACCUCCGACGUCCAGACGACCACCGAGGAGCAUGGAUGGGCAGCAAGACGAAACGAAAGAUCAAGGAGCGCGAAGCUCAGCUUAACGAGGAGGCCUAACUCGAGCAUACCUAGCGGUAUGCACCGACAAUUUAUGCCGCAGCUUACUUUCCAACGGCAUUCAAUUUUAUCCCGGAUAAAUCGCUUCUAUAUCCGUACUUCUUGAC